CAUGCAGGGGCUCUCGUGAGCGGUCCCGGGUCCGGUCGGCGGCGAGCACUUCCAGGCAGGACACGGCGCAGCAAGUCAACGUGCGAGCGGCUGUAAGCCCGCGCCGCAGUCGCCCGCCUGAAGCCAUGACCUCCAAGUCACCUCUGCUCAAGGUCAUUCUCUUGGGCGACGGCGGCGUGGGCAAGUCGUCCCUCAUGAACCGCUACGUUAGCGAAAAGUUCGACUGCAGGCUCUUCCACACCAUCGGCGUGGAGUUCCUCAACAAGGAGCUGGAGGUGGACGACCAAAGUGUCACGCUGCAGAUCUGGGACACGGCGGGCCAGGAGCGCUUCCGCAGCCUGCGCACGCCCUUCUACCGCGGCUCCGACGGCUGCUUGCUCACCUUCGGCGUGGACGACGCGCAGAGCUUCCGCAACCUGGCCAACUGGAAGAAAGAGUUCGCCUUCUACGCCGACCUCAAGGAGCCCCACGCGUUCCCCUUCGUGGUGCUGGGCAACAAAGUGGACGUGGACGAACGGCAGGUGUCGGCGGAGGACGCGCGGCGGUGGUGCCGCGACAACGGCGGACUCGCCUACUUUGAGACCAGCGCCAAGGAGGCUACCAACGUGGCGUCGGCCUUCGAGGAGGCGGCUCGUCGGAUGCUCGCGCUGGACGCGCGCGACGACCGCCUGGUCCACGCCGACACGGUGGACCUGAGCAGGAAGAGCGACUCGGAUUCCGGCUGCUGCUGAAGUCGAGUUGGGACGCGCGUCUCCAGAAGUGCCCGUCGUGGCUGCGGCAAGCUACGAACUAUCAGAGGUCGGUACGGUCAGAACCGGCCCGCGGCUCCUUAGGGCCUGAAGCACAUUUGAAUUUGGGGUAGAAACGCACCAAUGUCGUACGUCUGUGCUCCAUAAUAAACUCCGAUACUCAGACACCGAUACCACUUUUCCAGCCUGACAUAUACCUUCCGGAUACUUCCAGCUCGGGCGUGUGGAGAGUCUUCCGCUAAAGGUAAACACAUACGCGACACUCGGUUAGGCGGCUUGUAAUUCACGCUCUGCAAAACCGACCACCAAGUUGGCUCCUCGCGAGUUGCGGCGGCACGGGCCCAACGGCGAGCGCCGAUGUUCUCCGCCCCCCUCACGUCACUUGUGAUAACGUAUCACUUCAGUCGCCCUGUCGCGCUUUUCUUUUACGACUUGUGUUUGCACACUUCACAGUGUCGUUAAGACACUGAGCUAACUGGCAUCUGCGUUACGACUUGUAAUGGCUGCCUGUACGUUCUUCUUCGUCUCUUAUUUCUUCUUGUUUCGAUGUACUCUUUGUGUAUAGUGCCCCCUCGUGUUGAGACUAAGAGAGCACAUAACAUUUGAGUGAGCUGUGUGGCAAGACUGUUCGAAAACGUUUGCCACGUUCAAGGAAAGUUUGUGUUUUGUGUUUCCGAACAAAAUUGGAUUAAACUAAAACACAUUUUUGUCACAGUUGCAAGACUUUAUUAAGUAUCACUAAUUGGUAGUCAAAUGUAAGUACUUUUUUUUUUUUUUUUUAGAAACAAGCAUUCCAACAUGUUUCACUAUCACUAUUUUCACUCCUUGUCUUAAAAAAAAAAAAAAAAUUAAAAAAAAAAUAAAAUAAAAUACUGUCCACCAGUGGGCGCUCGAGUGACAAGUGGCGCCUGUGGAACUGCUGAACGCGAUGUGGGCUAAUUGGGCUCAGCUGAUUCGUUCAGUCUGUCCGGACUCCCCUAUAACUGUAUGUUAUGUUUAUUUGUUAUUUUUGUGUAUGACUGUAUGUCUCAUUUCAGUAUCGGAGGACAGUUUCCGUCCCCCACUCAUGACAUGUCAACUAUGUACAAAAUAAUAAAAAACCAAAAAAACAUAUAGUUGUUGUGUAAAUUAUACAGCAAAAGUGAUCCCUAAAUAUUGUUUUAAAAUACUCAAUAGCGCUUGAGCACCCCAAAGUAGCUUUUCGCUCCCUCUUGACGACCAAC